UUGAGGUAUGGGUGUAUGUAUCGUCCUGGGCUGGUUGGUACUGGUCCUGACUGGCCACCAGCUGACUGAGGGAACCAGUCUGCAGCUUUCAGGGGACUACUCCAUCUCGUGUUUCUUUCCGCUCCACAAUUUAGCCACCUCCAGCUCCAACCUACCAGACCUGGGAGCCUGCAAAAAAGGCAAAUCUAAUAAACAUGGGUAUCAUUUGAUACAAGCCAUGAGAUUCGCUGUGGAYGAGAUCAACAAUGGCACAAAAAACCAACAUCUUCUCCCAGGGGUGACGCUGGGUUACCAGGCGUAUGACAUCUGCAAUACACCAGCCAGUGUCCUGGCCACUCUGGACCUGCUGGCCCAACAGUUACAAGGAACUUCAGGAAACAAGACAGGUGGUGACCAGAGAGCAGUGGCAGUGAUUGGGCCUGAUAGUAGCAGUUACACCUUCACCCCGGCUGCAAUGCUGGGCUCCUAUCUGGUGCCACAGAUAUCCUAUGAAGCCACAAACGAAUUGCUGAGCAACAAGCACCUCUACCCAUCCUUCUUCCGCACCAUCCCCAGUGACAAGAACCAGGUGGACGUCAUGAUCCAGCUGCUGGUGCGUUUUAACUGGACCUGGAUCGUUCUACUGGGCAGUGAUAACUCCUACGGCCUCCAGGGCAUGCAGAGGCUCUCCCAACAGGCGGCCUACUACGACAUCUGCAUCGCCUACCAAGGAGUCAUCCCCGACCUCACCAUGGCCACCAACCAGACCAUGAGGAGCAUGGUCAAGGACAUCUUGAAGACCAAGGUCAACACUAUUGUUGUGUUCUCCAGCAAAAGCAAAGUUAGUGGGUUCUUCCCAUUUGUCAUAGAGCAGGGUGUAACUGGUAAGGUGUGGAUAGGGACAGAGGACUGGUCAGUGGCCACUCUAGUGUCGGGGAUACCAGGGAUUCACACCAUCGGGACUGUUCUAGGUGUCUCCAUCAAAUACGCAGCCAUAGCUGGGUUUGAGACGUUUGAAAGCCAUGUUGUUGCAAAGUUACUUAGGGACAACUCCAAUGGCGUGGUUGACCUGAGGGUUGAAUGUUUGCAAAAUACGGAUCUCUAUAGCAUGGCAGUAAAAAACGUAUCUUUGGAUGGCUAUGACAUGACAUCCUCUUAUAAUGUUUACAAGGCUGUAUAUGCUGUGGCCCAUGCACUGCACCAAGCACUUGGUUGUGACUCAGGUGAAUGCCAAAAGAUUCAAGUACAACCUUGGCAGCUUCUGCCACUGUUAAAGCAGGUGAGAUUCUCUGUUGAGAACUCCUCUGUGUACUUUGAUAAGAACGGAGACCCGCCCACAGGAUAUGACAUCGUGACCUGGAUUUGGAGGGGAACAGAGUGGUCUCUCCGAGUGGUGGGCUCUUACACUCCAGACCCCACUGACCUCACAGUGGACCCUGCUCAAAUUGAAUGGGCUAGUGACAUUGACAACCUGGGAAAAGAGGUGCCUGCAUCAAUAUGCUCUCCAGAAUGCCCUACAGGUCACAGGAAGCUGCAGACAGGACAACACAAGUGCUGCUUUGACUGCCUGGCCUGUCCUGCUCACACCUUCCUCAACAGUACCGGAUCUACCUGGUGCCAGGUGUGUGAGCUCCACCAGUGGUCCACAGAAGCGAGCAAGGUGUGUCUGGAUCGGACGGUCCUGCUGCUGGCUUGGGACGCCCCCCUGUCUCUUGCCCUGCUGCUCCUCCUGGCUCUGACCCUGUUCAUGACCCUUGGGUCAGGGGUCGUCUUCCUCCUCAACCUGGGCACCCCUGUGGCCAAGUCGGCUGGCGGGCGCACCUGCCUGGUGAUGCUUCUGGCCCUAACCGCGGCGGCCGCCAGCACCCUGUGCCACUUUGGCCUSCCGUCUCGGCCCGCCUGCCUCCUCAAGCAGCCCCUCUUCGUCUUCAGCUUCACCGUGUGUCUGGCGUGCGUCACCGUACGCUCCUUCCAAGUGGUCUGCAUCUUUAAGCUGUCUUCCAAGCUGCCCCGUGCCUAUGAUACCUGGGCUAAGAACCACGGGCCUGAAGUCACCGUCCUUGUCGUGUCCAUGACAGUGUUGUUGAUCUCUGUGCUCCGGGUUGCUCUAACCCCCCCGUACCCCUCCCAGGACGUGGCCUUCUACUCCAACUGCAUUGUCACAGAGUGUAGUAACACCCUCUCUUUCGGUGCCAUGAUAGAACUAGCCUACGUCUCUGUGCUCAGCAUGCUCUGUUUCUCCUUCAGUUACAUGGGCAAAGACCUGCCAGCCAACUAUAAUGAGGCCAAGUGUAUCACCUUUAGUCUCAUGGUCUACAUGAUCUCCUGGAUCAGCUUCUUCACCAUCUAUUUUGUCACAAGGGCAGAGUUUGCCAUGGCCAUGCAUGUGCUGGCCAUAGUGUCCAGUGUGCUCGGUAUACUCGGUGGUUAUUUCAUGCCUAAGGUCUACAUCAUGGUGCUGAGGCCCCAAAUGAACACAACGGCCCAUUUCCAAAACUGUAUUCAGAUGUAUACCAUGAACAAACAGUGAAAUAUAUGUGUCUUUCAUAGAUUGCCUUUUGUAUUUCCUGAUACUUAUUCCAAAUCCAUUGCAUAGGUAUAUGGCUUUAAUAAUGCCAUAGUACAUGUUGGUCUGCUCUUAGCUAAGGAGGAAGUAAAUGUUGACCGUGCACAUUUAAAUGUAUGUAUAAUGUUCUCGAACAUGGUUGUAAUGUAGUUAUGAGGUUAGCUUUCUAAAGCACUCCUUUUCGACUUAGCGAAGUGUGUGUUUUUACUGGGGAGAAUUCAGAAUACCAAAGCUAAACCUCUUUGGCUGCAUCUGGUGUUGUGCUCUUUCUUCAGUGUCUGUGUGGCAUAUGUUUGACCUCUCUUUACAAGAAUAGAAAGUGGUAUUGUGGGCAGGCCAUAGAGAGGUGCCUUGCCUUCUGUUGGUGUGAGUGCCUGUCUGUAUGUGUGCCCUCUUACUGGGCAUCUGUGGUGGCAGGCUUCAGGAGCUCAAUUGGACAGCCUGUAAGCCUCUGAUUUAUACCCAGCUAUCCCAAAGACCCAUACACAUGUCCCAUAGUUCUCGGUUUUCAAUCUAAGUGUGUGAGUCAGUAGCCUAUUUGAAGAAUCUGCAUAUGAUUAUUUAUGCUUAAAUCAAUGAAUAACCUUUUCUUUGUAUAGCGCUAUUUGAA